CGCCGUUAAAUAAACUUUUCCGCGUCGAGCGUGGAUGGGGGAAUUUUUUCCUGUCGAUGUUCAUCGCCGAGGACGUGCGGGCAGUCUCAUCCGAUGCGGGAAGAUCUUCGAUAUGUUGGGAGACUGAACCUCAUGGGCUGAUAGAGAGCGUGAGGCUCUCUGUGCGGUGGCAACUACAUCUUACCUCCGGGUGAGAAAGUCAGCUAUCCAGGAUCAGACAUGACGACUCUCCAAAUGAGUUUAGUGAUCUGGAGUUUGUGCGCAACGUUCAUUGCGAUGCUCGCCUUCCGCCUGGACGAGAAACACCAUUGGAACUGGUUCGGAGUUUUCAUCCCCAUGUUCAUUCUGGACUUGAAAUUACUCGCCAUAGCGGGCUACGAAGUGUAUACUGGCUUCCGGAGACAACUAGAGCCGACGUGCCCCCGGGAAUCAUUGUUCGUGCUCGGAGUUAUUUCGAAAACGACUUUCCAAAUACUCUUGUGCUUGCGUUUGGAGUAUUUAGCGAACUUGCCGUGGACGGUCGUCCUAGCUCCAUUCUGGAUCGCGAUUAUCUUCUUCCAAGCCAACAUUCUCGUCCCUCUCAAUUAUUUCUGCGACGGCUCUGCUGAAUAGACCGUCGCCGACUCAGACGAAUCCGUGAUGUGUACAAUAAGUAUGAGAUGAUGAGCCUGUAAAUAAUAAAACCUGUAGACUAUGAUCUAUGAUU